AUGCCGCAGAACGAGCAUAUUGAGCUCCACCGCAAGCGGUAUGGCUACCGCUUGGACCACUUCGAGCGGAAACGGAAGAGGGAGGCGCGUGAGGUGCACAAGCGAGCAGAGUUCGCGCGGAAGGCCAUUGGUCUGAAGGGCAAGAUGUUUGCCAAGAAGCGCCACGCGGAGAAGAUCCAGAUGAAGAAGACCAUCGCCAUGCACGAGGAGAAGGACAAGAAGCACAAGGUCGACGACGGCAACCCCCAGAACGCCGUCCCCGCGUACCUGCUCGAGCGUGAGCAGGCCGACCGCGCCAAGGUGCUGUCCAACACCAUCAAACAAAAGCGCAAGGAAAAGGCGGGCAAGUGGGAGGUGCCGCUGCCCAAGGUGCGGCCGAUCGCGGAGGAUGAGAUGUUCAAGGUGCAGAAGACAGGGAAGCGGCAGAAGAAGGCGUGGAAGCGGGUGGUGAACAAGGUGACGUUCGUGGGCCAGGGCUUCACCCGCAAGCCGCCGAAGUACGAGCGGUUCAUCCGGCCAACGGGGCUGCGCAUGACCAAGGCGCACGUGACGCACCCGGAACUCAAAGCGACGUUCCAGCUGCCGAUCAUCGGGGUGAAGAAGAACCCCAACGGCCAGAUGUACACGGGGCUCGGAGUGAUGACGAAGGGGACGGUGAUCGAGGUGGACGUGUCGGAGCUGGGUCUGGUGACGCCCGCGGGCAAGGUGGUGUGGGGCAAGUACGCACAGGUCACGAACAACCCCGAGAACGACGGAUGCGUCAACGCCGUGCUGCUCGUGUGA